AUGAGGAAAGAAAAGAACAAGGCUCGUUCGAUGCAUUUAAGUGCCGUCAAGUCCGAGAGCGUGGUGCGCCGUUUACUCUGCAUGCCCGCUCCACUGGGCCGAAAAGAUGCGAUAUCGGCGCGAGAUUUCAAUAGAGACAUCGAAUCUAAACGAGAUUGCUUAGACUUCGGCAUCUCUGCACCGCCGGUGACUCAGAAUGUGCUGACGGCGACGUGGGACGCCGAGCAUUCUCCGCGCGAUUGUAUGCAAAGGAGGCGCAGGCGGAGCCGCCGACGCAACACAGGCCUGAAGCCCCCGAGAAAGCGGGCCGGCAGCGCCGCCUCGCAACACUGUGCGGGCCGCCGCGGCGCCUUCCCUGACUCAGCCGCCAACGAUCCCCCUUUCUCUUGCAUCGCCGAUACAGCGCGAGAUACGCCACCAAUUACCGUGAGAUUAACGGUCGAACGGGCGAGCGCCCGCCGAUGCCCU